AUGGCGACCAGUCUACUGAACCUUCUCCUUAUGGAGGUGGCGGCCAUCGUCAGCAUCAUCCUGCUGGCUCUCCUCGUCGUGAUCAGCUCCUACCGCCGGCGCGCCGGCCACCCGGCCCUCCGGCUCUUCGUGUGGGCCGCCUCCACCCUCUUCCUCCCCCUCGUAUCCUACGCGGUCUCCGCGGCCGCCAAGUGGGACGCCGCGCGCGUGCCCCUCCUCCUCGCCUGGACCGUCUUCCUCCAGAUCCUGCGCAACACCAUCGACACCGCCCGAUGCUCCUCCCUCACCAUCGACAGCAACGCCUCCGGCGGCAGCAAGUUCCGCCCCUCCGUCGAGCAGCUGGCGCGGAUGGGCUGGGUGGCGUUCCUCAUCAUCAGCAGCGGCGGAAAUGCAGGCAGCCCUGAGCUCACCGGCAUGCUUCUUUGGCUGUGGGUGCUGAGCCUCCUCAAGCUCAUCCACCGGCUCGUCGCUGCAGAGCUCGCCAAGAGCUCCUUUGCCGUCGGGCUCAAUGCGUACCUCAUCUCCGACUACAUGAAACAACUCUACUGCCAAGAGCAAGGAGAGGACUCGGACGGCGCGCAAGAUGGCGUGCCGCCGUACUUGGUGAUGGGCGAGGAGAAGCUACACAUCGAGGCCAGGCCACAGGGGUACCGAAUCGGCCGGACAUCUCCGGCGUCCGUCGAUGCCGGGCACGUUGUCACCAUGGACAGGAUAUGGCGGCUUUCUGCCGCCGGAGACUCGCUCCUCGCGUGUUCUCCGCACAUCAAGGAUCUCUGCCUUUCCUUUGCGCUGUUCAAGCUGCAGCUCCGUCGGUUCCUCGGGUGCCCCCUCGCGGAGGUGGGCUCUCGCCGAAUUAGAGCUAACAUGGCAUUCUUGCAGGAGGGCAUCCUCGGGGGGAGUCCCGAGAGAGCUUUCGCGGUGAUCGAGACCGAGCUGUCCUUCCUCGCUGACUUCCUCUACUCCAAGCUCACAUGUUUCUACGCCAGCGGGUGGUGGUUCCCGGUGCUCAAUUCCAUCCUCGUGCUCACGAUGUGGACCAGUUGCCUCGCGACCGGCGGAGCCAUCGUGCAUGACAUGACCAACCAAGGCACGACACUCGCCCAGGAAUACAAGGACCUCAGGAGUUACCUGCAAUACCACGACACCGUGUUCCACGCCAUUGUCAGCCUGGACGUGCUGGUCACCGUGUCCUUCAUCGUCGCCAUCGUGUUCACGGAGGGGUGGGAGAUCGCCAACUACGUUCGCUCCGACUGGAUCAAGGUGGCCACCGUCUGCGAGUAUGCGCGCCGGCCAUCGUGGCGCAAGUCGCGAUGGACUCGCAGCAAGCUUGGCCGCGUUCUCCGGUUCAAGGCCGUCCAACGCUGGGACGACCGGUUCGGCCAAACGUCCGUCCUGCAGUCGCGGUUGUGCUACUGCGGAUGCGUUUCCCGGCAGGUCGACCGGAUCGCAAAGACUUCGGUGGCCGUGCCGGCGUCGGUGAAGUCAGCCAUCGUGGCCACAUUGAGGACAAACCAAGGAACACUUGGAAACGGUGUCCUAUCGUUACAACGCAAUGCUGUAGCCGAUAAGCUCAUGUGGGCGUGCAGCCUCGCCGCCGAUGACAAGAGCAUCUCGGAGCAGAUCCUUGUGUGGCAUAUCGCCACAAGGCUACUCGAGAUCAAGCGCUCGGAGGGAGCUCAUGGCAUCGGUGACGGUGACAGCGAUACGGUGGUCGUGGCAACACACCUGUCGCGGUACUGCGCAUACCUCGUCGCGCUGAAGCCAGAACUUCUGCCGGACCACCCGGCAUGGACGGAGGAGCUCUACGAGGGCGUCGUAGAGGAGGUGACGAGGGUGCUCGCGCGCUGCGCCGGGCCGCUGGUGCGUUACGACCGUGCGGCGACGUGCUUCGGAGGAAGCAUGAACGAGACACUGAGGAAGGCUGGGAAGCUCGCCCGGCAGCUGGCGGAGGAGGUCGGCGACGAGGAAGUGGUGUGGAUGGUUCUAGCCGAUUUCUGGACGGAGCUCCUCCUCUUCCUGGCGCCGUCGGAGAACGUCACGGCGCAUGCCAAGUCGCUCCGCCGUGGCGGGGAGUUCAUAACUGUGUUGUGGGCAUUGUUCGGGCAUGCCGGCAUUGUUAGUCGGCCCGAGAGUGAUGUAUGA